AUGUCAAAGUCACGCCGGAACGUCCGGUUUCAACACCGAGGAAGCAACGGAUCUGAAAACCGUCGGAUGAGCAUCUCAGAUGCUAGUGAUGUGGCCUCCGACCCUGGGAGCCCGUCGAAGAAUGGCAAUGUCUCCAAACCCGCAACGAUUCCCGAAGAGAAACAGGAACAGCCUCAACUGUCCGAAUAUGAGAAGAAGAAGCAGACAUUCAUCACUCGGACAAUAUGGACGUUUGUGAUGAUUUCCCUCUUCUUCAUUGCCAUGUUUUCGGGCCACAUUUACAUCAUCGGCAUCGUCACGGCAGUCCAGAUCAUUUCGUUCAAGGAAGUCAUUGCCAUUGCGAAUGUACCCAGCAGGGAGAAGAACAUCCGCUUUACCAAGUCGCUCAACUGGUAUUUCCUGGCAACCACCAUGUACUUUUUGUAUGGAGAAAGCGUGAUCUACUAUUUCAAGCAUAUCCUCCUAGUUGAGAAGGGAUUGCUUCCUCUGGCAACUCACCAUCGUUUUAUCAGCUUUACGCUCUAUGUUAUGGGAUUCGUCUUCUUUGUCGCAUCGCUGCAAAAAGGUCACUACCGUUUUCAAUUCACCCAGUUUGCCUGGACGCAUAUGGCACUGUACCUGAUCGUUGUCCAAGCGCACUUUGUCAUGAACAAUGUCUUCGAGGGCAUGAUCUGGUUCUUCCUCCCGGCCUCCCUCGUCAUUACAAACGACAUCUUCGCCUACGUGUGUGGUAUCACUUUUGGUCGCACUCAACUGAUCCAGUUGUCGCCCAAGAAGACUGUUGAGGGUUUCCUCGGUGCAUGGAUUUGCACCAUUAUUUUCGGCUAUUUUAUGACCAACAUCCUGAUCCGCUACAAGUACUUUAUCUGCCCGGUCAACGACUUGGGAGCUAACGUCCUGACUGGACUGCAAUGCAACCCUAACCCUGUCUUUGUGCCUCAGCCCUAUUCUCUCCCGGAAUGGACUGGCUUGGCCAAGACCUUCUAUGUUGAGCCUAUGCAGUUCCACAUCCUGGUGUUUGCCACCUUUGCCUCUCUCAUUGCGCCUUUUGGUGGUUUCUUCGCAUCGGGCCUCAAGCGCACCUUCAAGAUCAAGGACUUCGGUGAAUCCAUUCCGGGCCACGGUGGUAUCACCGACCGCAUGGACUGCCAGUUCAUCAUGGGCUUCUUCGCCUACAUGUAUUACCACAGCUUCAUUGCAGUAUACAAGGCCAGUGUGGGGGAUAUCAUCGAGGCUGCCAUCAACGGCCUCACAGUGGAGGAGCAGUUCGAAGUGGUUCGCGGUUUGGGCAAAUACCUCUACAACCAGGGAACCGUUUCUGAGACGAUACUGGAUUGCCUUAACGGCGAGUUGAAACGCCGUUGA